AACAGCCACAUCAAACCCACAAGCUGAAGCCGUUGAUAAAUAUCAGAGGAGGUUUCUGAGAUGCCGAACUGGGGCGGAGGCACCAAGUGUGCCGCCUGUGAGAAAACGGUUUACCACGCCGAGGAGAUCCAGUGUAACAGCAGGAGUUUCCACAAAACCUGCUUCAUCUGCAUGAGCUGCAGGAAAGGGCUGGACAGCACCACGGUCGCAGCUCACGACUCUGAGAUUUACUGCAAGUCUUGCUACGGGAAGAAAUACGGGCCAAAAGGGUACGGAUAUGGACAAGGAGCUGGAGCGCUGAGCUCUGAUCCUCCGGGACAGGAUGGAGAAUCGCAGCUGCAAAACUCUAAACCUCGACAAGCCGCUUCCAACCCCAACGCCAGCAAGUUCUCGCAGAGGUUCGGCGGCUCGGACCGCUGCCCCCGCUGCUCCAAAGCGGUGUACGCAGCCGAGAAGGUGAUGGGAGCAGGAAAGGCCUGGCAUAAAACCUGUUUCCGCUGCGCUCUGUGUGGUAAAAGCCUGGAGUCGACCACAGUGACGGAUAAGGACGGAGAGCUGUACUGUAAAGUUUGCUAUGCCAAGAACUUCGGCCCAAAAGGAUUCGGUCUGGGCAACGAGGCCAUGUUGGAGGAACGAGAAUAAACUGGCGGUUCUGCUGAAGUUCAAACCCGAUCACAGCGUCUCAAAGCUGGAAGAUGGAGCAGCACAAACCAAACCCUCAGCAACAUUAUGAAAAUUGUAGAGGGAAAAAUGUGUGCAACACUAAAUAAGAGGUUUUGUUACAAUAAAAUUAAUUCUCAAUGAAGUUUAUAACAAAAGCAAUAAAGUUGGUUUGUUAAUG